AUGGCUGAUAUCCCCAUUGCUUCCACCGAGACUGAGUCUCUGCCGAAUGGGGGUCCUUCAACCCCAAGAAGCUCUAUCAGUAGGCUUCGUACCCCAUCUGUCUCUAUAACCCCUCCUCCCGCAAUAAGGGCCCAAGCUACUCCUGUGAGAUCCAUGAAUGGCUCAUCCCAAGACGAAGUGGUCCGUGGCAUGAAUACCAUGCGGCUUUCAGAGCAAAAUGGUGUCGAUAAUCUCUCCGACGUGGCUGAGGCUGUCGAUCGGGUCGCUAGAGGAUCUGACAGUCGAGCUGUAUCCCUCACCCCCGAGCCCACUUCCUCAAGAGCCGGGACCCCUCGACAAAGACGCCGCUCUCGCCGGUCAAGCUCAGUUGUCGAUAGACUGCCCCACAAUGUUCUCGAUGAGGAGCUCCCACAGGACGCAUUCCACUCUCCCGAGUUUCAACAGGCCUUUCGAGAUGCCAAGCAACUCAUGUCAACUGUCGAGGGCGUUUUGGGCAGUUCCUCGCUGCACAAUAGUCCGGAGUCGACUAUUCGGCGACUUCAUACUGAGGCUGGCGAGCUAGCAAGGUUUGAAUACCCAUCGACUCGAACCGUGGGCUUUGUAGGGGACUCAGGUGUUGGCAAAAGCAGUUUGCUCAACUCACUCCUCGACGUGAAGGGCCUUGCCAGGACUAGCAACAGUGGCGAGGCAUGUACGUGUGUCGUGACAGAAUUCCACUAUCACAACCGCGACACUCUCGAUAUUGAAGUUAACCUCUUCACCAUGGAUGAACUCCGAGAACAACUCACGGGAAUGCUCCAAUCUUACCGGCACUACCAUCUUCACAGCGACGAGAUGGAGGAUGCCGCCGAGAGACGGGACACGGAGGACAGCGCCAACCUCGCCAGAGACACCUUUAGAGCCAUGUUUCGAGGUCGGCUGACUGAUGAAGCUUUUCUCAUCAACCGGCCAGAGCAAGAUGUCCUCGAAACACUGUUUCAAUGGGCUGCGAGGGGGAGACCUUCGGUUUUCAUCACUAAGCAGUCUGGGCUUUCGCAGGAUGCUUGUUCCAAAGCCUUGAUGGAGCUAGCUUCGGAACCACCCUCGCGCAAUCAACCUGCUCAAUGGCCGUAUAUCCGAAGCACAAAGGUCUUUCUGAACGCACACAUUCUCAGUCGAGGCUUGAUUUUGGUCGACCUGCCAGGACUUCGAGAUCUAAAUUCGGCUCGUAGGACGAUCACGGAGCGGUAUCUUUUAACAUGCAACGAGAUCUUUGCCAUCUGCAACAUCGGCCGUGCCGUUACCGACGAAGGUGUCCACCAAGUGUUUGAGUUGGCCAGAAGAGCCCGCCUCUCAAACGUCGGCAUUGUUUGCACUCGAUCUGAUGACAUUCUUGCCGAGGAAGCAAUCAGGGACUGGAGAGGUCAACGAGCCAAGGCCAUUAAAAAACUCAUGGAUGCCAUCGCCACAGACGAAAGAGACGCCAACGAAGUUGAAGAAGAUCUCUCCGACUAUCAAGGAGUUUUAGAUGAUGACUUAACAGAAGAAGAAAUGAAGGAUCAAAUGGAACUUUGGUCACGACAGAGAAACAUCAGGGCUCGCAGGAAGAAUCACGAGUUUGAGCUCAAGGAAUACCUGGUUACAACUCGCAACUCGUUUGUGACGCAGGAGCUCAGGAGCAAAUACAAUGAGCGUGUUUCCACUGACGAAAUCAAGAUCUUUUGCGUCAGCAACAAAGACUAUUGGGAUAACAGAAAUGAGCCCAAGGCCGAUUCGGCACGAUUUCUCCAGCUGAGUGGAAUUCUGCAGGUUCGCAAGCACUGCAUCUCCAUCGUGGCAAACAGUCAACGACGCAUUGCUACACGCUACAUCAAGGACCAGAUACCGGCAUUUCUGGCACAAGUAGACUUGUGGGUUCAGUCUGGUGCAAGAACCGCUAGUGAAGAACGCCGUGAGGCGCUUUGCAGGAGGCUGGACGAUGUGGAGAGACAACUGAGGAGGGGCCUUACAUCGAGUACAAGCGUCGUUAACCGUGUAGCCCACUCGUUCAAUCAGGACUUUGCGGCACACAUAUACGGACGUCGACAAAUCCCUUCAUGGAGCGAGUCGGCAAAGGGUGCUGGGAGGGCAUGGGAGGGGUGGCAUCAUUCGACAUAUUCUGCCUUUUGCCGCCAGUAUGGAGCUCAUUGCACCGACGCUGCUGGAUGGCACAACUGGAACGAGGAGCUCAUUGAAGGAAUGGUCCACGAUGUAAAGGACCCGUGGCAGGACCUGUGCAACAGUCUUCAGCAACGACAAACCAGCCUCGUUCAGGGAGUUGACACGAUGCUGGAUGCAGCAUCCGAGCGUUUCGAAACCGAACUGGAUGAAGAUUAUGAUGCUGUUGCACCAUUGAUGGAAGCCUUAUUCAGACGACAACAGCUUCUUAUCGACUCUAUUGAGCGAAUCAACGAACAGUUUGACAAAGAUCUAGGACUCCUUCGGAUUGACUCACUCACUGGUGUUAGAAGCUCCAACAUUGGAAGAGCAAUGGAGUCUUCAUACAUAAGAUGCAACCAAGAAUACGGAAAAGGAAGCGACGGACGAAGAAAGUUCAUUAUGUCGUGUGCCUUCUCCAGCCAGGACCUCUUUACCAACUUGAUGAGAGAGUUUAGAGACUCUUUCCGCGCCAAGGCCGAAGAAUCUCAAGAAGCAAUACGUGAGGCUGCUCUGAGGUAUCUGGAUGUUGUGCAGGAGACUUUUGAUCUUGUGCGUAGUGAGAAUGUGGCGCGAGAGAGCGAGCAGGAUCCUGACUUCAGACUGAGGGUUGAGGAAGUUGCGAGCACGGGGAAGGAUACUAUUCGGAGGGUUCUAAGAGUUAUUGGUGUUUGA